UUUGGAGAGACAGUGAGCUGCUUUAGAUUGACUGGAAGUCGGUGGAGACACAUGCUAAAUCAUAGACAUAUUUGCUUUGUAUUUCCUCUUUUCCAUCCUCGCCUUUUCCGCCGUUUUUUUCUCUUGCCGCUUUAUGUUGCCACAAAUUUAUUCCAUCCCUCCACAGGUUGGUCGAUUUAAUCCAGUCAUCAUGGAUUAUUUCUCUGUAUUGUAGACAUGUAGAUCGUCACAGAGCGGAUCGAAAUGGGCACGGUCGAUUGAUCCCUAUUUGGGAGAGAAUUACACAGAUUGCGCGUUACGGAGUGUGGGAGCGCCUCGCACAUCCAAGACAGCAGCGCCGAGGAGAAAAACCUGUGGAGGAUCUGAGCGAUAGGAACCACAGACGGGAAGAUGUCAACACGAAGAAGAAAAAGUCCUGUUUUUUCCAGCUGCCGUUGACUGAUGACAAGUAACCUGGGGACCGGGACUGGGCGAAACGAGACAGGUGAGAGAACCAUGGAGCCUCCCCCCUCACUCAGCCUGGCCCUGUUGGGAGGCAGUGAAGAUGAGGACCAGCGCUUCCUCCUCCCCCUGGGCAGUUUACCCCAUCCUGCCAGCGCCGGCAACCAGCCAGGAUCAAACCACUCCAACCACAUGGGGGGGUCAAGUCUGGACCGCCUGAAUGGCAGCACCCCGUCCCCGUCACCUGCCACACCCAGCUUACCCCCCACAUCGCUCCCCAAGCUCCCUCUGUCCUCCUCUGGAGCUCAGCCUCUGCCCCCACCCAUCCCGAAUGCACUGCACCCCACUAGCACCCCGUUAUCGUCCUGCCUGGGCUCACAGCACAGCCUGAGCGGAGACAACUCACCUGUGUACAACGCCCUGUUCUACUCCUCCCACUCGCCCUCCAUGGAGCGAGAGAGGGACCGGGAGAGAGAGAGGGAGAGAGAGAGGGACAGAGAGCGGGGCUCCAAGCACAGACAAGCCAGUCCUCUGGUGCACCGCAGAGACAGUAACCCUUUCACCGAGAUCGCCAUGAGCUCUUGUAAGUACACGGGGGGAGUUAUGAAGCCGCUGAGCCGACUUAGCGCCUCCCGCAGGAACCUGAUAGAAUCGGACAGUAGCAGCGAGACAAAAGAGGCCGGGGUUUCUGCUGUGGCUGGAGCAUCGGCUCAGGACAGACAGAGGGACACCCCUCACUCCUCCUCUGUGGGACAGUCCGCUACCCAUCAGCCCCCUCUCCAGAGCCCACCAGAGAUUGUGAUUUCAUCCAAAGAAGACUCGCCAUACCUCAGAGCUGGCUAUGACAUCACCGAUUCCUCCUCCAAUCAGAUGUCCAUUUACCACCAGAACCACGCGCUGGUGGAGAGCAGGCGUGCCCAGUCGGGACGGGGCAGCCGGCAGGGAGGCAUGGGGACUGUGGGCACCGCAGCCCGGGGUAGCACCUCCAAGGCUUCAAAACGCAAAAACCAAAACAUUGGCUACAAACUGGGUCACCGCAGAGCACUGUUUGAGAAGAGGAAGAGGCUCAGUGACUAUGCCCUCAUCUUCGGGAUGUUUGGCAUCGUUGUCAUGGUGAUCGAGACGGAGCUGUCGUGGGGCGUGUACACAAAGAGCUCCAUGUAUUCACUGGCCUUGAAGUGUUUGAUCAGCCUGUCCACUGUCAUCCUCCUGGGACUCAUAAUCGCCUACCACGCUCGAGAAGUUCAGCUGUUUGUCAUCGACAACGGGGCGGACGACUGGCGCAUCGCCAUGACGAUGGAGCGGGUGCUGCUCAUCGCUCUGGAGCUGCUGGUGUCUGCGGUGCACCCGGUGCCCGGGGACUUUAAGUUCCAGUGGAGGGCACGGCUGGCCUUCUCCUACGCUCCGUCCCAGGCCGAGGCAGACCUGGACAUGGUGCUUAGCGUGCCCAUGUUCCUGCGGCUCUACCUCAUCGCCAGAGUCAUGCUCCUGCACAGCAAACUGUUCACCGACGCCUCGUCCAGGAGUAUAGGAGCCCUCAACAAGGUUCAUUUUAACACACGCUUUGUAAUGAAAACGCUCAUGACUAUCUGCCCUGGGACGGUGCUGCUGGUCUUUAGCAUCUCCCUGUGGAUCAUCGCAGCCUGGACCGUGCGAGUGUGUGAAAGGUAUCAUGAUGCCCAGGAUGUGACCAGUAAUUUCCUGGGGGCCAUGUGGCUUAUCUCCAUCACCUUCUUGUCCAUUGGCUACGGCGACAUGGUGCCUCACACCUACUGUGGCAAAGGAGUGUGUCUGCUCACUGGAAUCAUGGGAGCGGGCUGCACGGCUCUUGUGGUUGCUGUGGUAGCCAGGAAACUGGAGCUGACCAAGGCCGAGAAGCACGUUCACAACUUCAUGAUGGACACACAGCUCACCAAACGGAUAAAGAACGCGGCGGCCAAUGUGCUGAGGGAGACGUGGCUCAUCUACAAACACACCAAACUGAUGAAGAAGAUCGACCACUCCAGAGUCCGAAAGCAUCAGCGCAAGUUCCUGCAGGCCAUCCAUCAACUACGCAGCGUGAAAAUGGAGCAGCGCAAACUCAGCGAUCAAGCCAACACACUAGUGGAUCUAUCAAAGAUGCAGAGUGUGAUGUACGAGCUCAUGUCUGAACUGAACGACCGCAGCGAGGACUUGGAGCGGCAGAUGUUGUCUUUGGAGCAGCGCGUGGAGCAGCUGACCGCCGGAUUCAACGCCCUGCCCGCCCACCUCUCCGCCACCCUCAGUGCCCAACACGCCGCUCUGGUGCACCUCCUCCGCGAACGGGACUCCAGGGACCACCACCGGAGCGGCCCGGGCGGGGGGAGCGACGUGGGGUUAGUGGGUGCGGUGGUGCCUCUGUCCCCCGCAUCUCCUUUAACUCACGUCCCGUCUUCAGCCUCUCCGAUCCAGGUUACCUCGCCAGCACAAACGCCCGCCCCGGUGCUCACUUUAGCGCUCGAGUCGCCCCUCUCGCCCCCGCCAAUGAGCCCCGAAGGCAGCCUAGAGGCCAGUCAGACUCCAAACACUUGCACAACCAGCUGCUGAGUGGGACACAUAUGUGGAGAGCGAACAGGGACCGCUUUGUCCCAUCUCCUCGGACAAAAAAAAAGAGACAGCACUAGAGUAAUCCACACGGUGGUCCUGUGAUAUCACGCUUCCAGGCACAAAGGGCAGAGGAGGGGGGCAAAACGAAGAGGACUAAGACAGAGAGGCGAUAUGAAAAAUGGGACACAAAUGAGAGAUUUUGGGUCGAUUUCCAUGGAGAAAAAUGGAGAUGAAACUGCAACUAAAAGGUGAGGGGGAGGCAGCAUGUCAGCCAGAGGAAUAGCCAGAGGACAAGAAAGGAGGAGCAAAAAGGGAAUAAUUAUAUGAACUCCAAAUGGAUCCGCUCAUAUUACUGAAAAGGCCUUUACUCUUUCUAUUGCUCUCUCUCUCUUCCCUCUCUCACAACCUCUCCUUUCUUUCACGGGGAAAGAAUGACCAUGACUUUUUAUCCUGAUGAUGUAUUUUAUAAGUGAAUGCGAAAUUAUGUGUUACCGAACAUCCCUUUAACAGAUGGUCCGUCCAAUGCGACCGCUUAACAAUGCUAGUGGCUUGCACAACACACGCACACACGGCAAUCACACAGGCACUGCAUGCACAAAAGAGUUAUACAAUGUGUUAGAUCAGUGGCUCUCAAACCAAGCACCACCUAUGAGAAGAUAUGGGUUCCUGAGUACCACCAGAUCUAAACCAGGUCUAAACUAGGGCUAAACCAGUUCUGUAAUGUGACUAUUCUUUCUUUAAAUUGUGACUAUGAGAUAACUAUAGAAAACCUACCCAAUUUCUUACCAAAAGCAGGUCAAAAAAUGGAAAAAAAAUCAAAUUAACCAAAGUAUUUGAGGUGUAAAGACCUUGCGUACCACCAGAAGAGGCCUGAGUACCAUUAGAUCUAAACCGGGUCUAAACUAGGUCCACCAGGUCUGAAAUAUGACUCCAGAAAAACUUACCCAAAGGAAGACAAAGAAGUAAUCUGGCUCUAAAUAAGCAAAUAUUUGAACUGUAGAUUGCUUUGCGUACAACCAGAAGGGGCUCAGACACCAAGGGCUCAAAAGCUAAACCAUGCCUGAAUAUGAAAUAGAAUUACACAUUAGAUAAAUCAGGUCUAUAAAUAGUACUAUCACAGCUCUAAAUUAUGAGUACAACAUAGCUACUGAAAAUCUAGUCAAGUACUUACUCAAAAGAUGAGGAAAGAAGAAGAUAAAAUUGGCUCUAAAUUAAAGUAUUUGAACUGUAGGGAAGCUGUGAAGGGACUUGAGUACCACCAGAUCUAAACCAGGACUAUAAAAGCUAUUCCAGUUUUAAACUAGAUCUGAAAACCAGUUCUGAAAUGUGACUACAACUUCUCUACAAGAAAAUAUAUCAAAGAACUUAAGAAAAAAAGAAGAAAGGCCUGACCAAGCUAGACUCAAGAUCUGGAGGUGAGUCCCCAGGCGAAUGGGUCAAAUAAAUAAUAAUAAUAAACUGUACCUUAAACAGAAGAGGCUUGUACUCAGAUCUAUACCAGUUCAGUAAGAGACGAUACCAGGUCUAAAAUAUGACUACAACAUAACUACUGAAAAUCUAGUCAAGUGCUUACCCAAAAAAAGGAAAAAAGAAGUGGAUAAAAUUGGCUCUAAAUUAAAGUAUUUGAACUGUAGUGGAGCUGUGAAGGGAACUUGAGUACCACCAGAUCUAAACCAGGUCUAUAAAAAACUAAAGUAGAUCUGAAAACCAGUUCUGAAAUAUGACUACAACAUCGCUACAAGAAAAUACAACAAAGAACUUAACAAAAAAGAAGAAACACAAGAUAGUCCAAACUCUGGCUGGAGAUGAGUUCCCAAGCGAAUGGGUCAAAUAAAUAAUAAUAAUAAACUGUACCUUAACCAGAAGAGGCUUGUGCUCUACCAGAUCUAAGACAGUUAAGUAAGAGACUAUACCAGGUCUAAAAUAUGACUACAGCAUAACUACUGAAAAUCUAGUCAAGUACUUAUCCAAAAGAAGUGGAUAAAAUUGGCUCUGAAUUAAAGUAUUUGAACUGUAGUGGAGCUGUGAAGGGACUUGAAUACCACCAGAUCUAAACCAGGUCUAUAAAAAACUAAACUAGAUCUGAAAACCAGUUCUGAAAUAUGACUACAACAUCGCUACAAGAAAAUAUAACAAAGAACUUAACAAAAAAAAGAAGAAACACAAGAUAGUCCUGACCAAGCCAAACUCAAGAUCUGGAGAUGAGUCCCCAGGCGAAUUGGGUGAAAUAAAUAAUAAUAAAAUAAUAAUAAACUGUACCUUAACCAGAAGAGGCUUGUGCACAGGCAGAUCUAAGCCAGUUCAGUAAGAGACUAUACCAGGUCUAAAAUAUGACUACAACAUAACUAGUGAAAGUCUAGUCAAGUUCAAAGUCCAAAAGAGGAGGAAAUAAGUGGCUAAAAUUGGCUCUAAAUUGAAGUAUUUGAACUGUAGAGGACUUAAGUACCACCAGAUCUAAACCAGGUCUAUAAAAAAAUUAAAUUGAUCUGAAAACCAGGUCUGAAAUAUGACUACAACAUUGCUACAGAAAAUAUAACAAAGAAUUUAAGAAAAGAAGAAGAAACACAAGAUAGUCCAGACCAGAGUCCCCAGGCGAUUGGGUGAAAUAAAUAAUAAUAAAAUAAUAAUAAACUGUACCUUAAAGAGAAGAUUCUUUUACUCUUCCAGAUCUAAGUCAGGUCUAAUAUAUGACUACAACAAAGCUGCAGAAAAUUUAACCAAAACGUGGCUCAAAGAAGGACAAAAAAGUGUAUCAAAUUGAAAUAAAUUCUGUAGAGGACCUUGCGUACCUUCAGACAGGGCUCGCCUACCACCGUUUGAGAACCACUGUUUUGGAUAUAGCCCCUUUUACAUGAUGCACUAGCCUUUAAGCUAACACUGAAGCCUAAACUGCCAAGCACUCAAUGCACUGUCACUGUCUCGAGCACUGCCAGUCACUGUAGACACCGUCAAACACACCAUGUUCUGUCAUGAAUGUGAGCUAAUGCUGUCGUCAAGGUUUAACCAAGCAUUUCUGAGACACUUCAACUACUCUUUGCAGACUAAUGUUCACUGAAGCUUUAAAAUAACAGACCACGCUCAAAUAAGAUCAAUUUAUACUGUAAAAUCUGAAUAUUUUAAAGGGCCGCUGUGUUACUUUUCUGCUGGAGCAUCUGGUACCUGCGUGUCUCCAGUGAGAGGUUAUUGCCUUGCGCAGAAUGUUCUACAGUAUGGCAGAACAUAUCUAUUAUACAUGUUUUUAUUACUUGUUAUUUCUCUGACAAAUGCUUUAAUCUGUUUGACUCCAUGGAGAUGCAUAAGGUAAAUGCCAUAUGUCAAAGCAGGUGACCCUCCACCAGAAAAGUUACAUAAAGAAACUCUAAAAACAGAUGAGAAUACUGUUAGUACAAAAAGAUUUUAUUUGUUUUUACUGAAAAAUAUCUUUUGCUGAACAGGUCUGGCUUUGAAGACGCGUUCAUAUUUGAGUGUGGGUUGGAGCUUUGCACAUUCUGUACCUAUGCUCCAGAGUCACUGAGUCAAAUGUUGGUAUAAAAAACACUGCAAUCGCUGACAGAUGACUGAACAAUCAAAAGUUUAUUUAUUAAUAAUAAAUGAUGUUUUAGAAAUAGAAGGGGCCUUGUGGCGUGUUUGCAGAAGAUGCUCUGUUGCUAUUUUUUACAAUAGAGGUUCAUGUUGGCUGUUCAUGUCUGUCUCAGUUUGUUUGGGUUAAAUUAAUGUUUAAGUUAAGGUUGCGUUCAUGACAUUUGAAUAGAAUCUGUGUAUCAUUCGUUCAUUCGUUUUUCAAUAUAAAACCAAAAAUAAGAAAACAAAAAAACAACUAUUUUCUUCAUUAUUUGUCUCCAAAACCAAAAUGAGAAAACAGAUUAAAGAUUCUUUUUUCAUAUUUCGAUUUUGUGUUUAAAUG